AUGUCAUUACCUCCAGAGUUACCAGUUAAGAUCUAUAUGACUAGGCUAUCACUGCCUACGUCACAGAGAGUACAGUUUGAGAAGAUAUUUAGGACUCAAUCACCUCAGUCCAAUUCAGACCUGGCCAAUGCCUCUGCUCUUAGAAACGAACUGUUGCUAGUCAUUGACAAGAGUUCACCAGAGGCUGUAAUAGCUUCUAUUGAGAAGUAUCUUCCAUACUUAUACUCAAUUGUAUUAUGUUGUGACACACCUGGAACAUUUAGACUCAAUGAACAUAUGUCGUUCAAAUGGUCAUCAUUCAUUUCAAAGACAUUCAAUUCAGGCUACUCUAUUAGAUUCGAACUUGUCAUGGUACUGAUGUCACUGGGCAUGGCACACUACAACAGAGCCUAUGACCUCAACGAGUCAUCCAACGAGGACAACUUUGAUGACAAUGCCAAGCUCAUAUCAAAUCACAUCAAGAUCGCCGCUGGUAUCUUUGAGUUUAUCAAUCGAGUGGAGAUACCACGUGGCGUCCAUCAGACCGAUGAGUUCCAGAUUGAAUGUUCAUCGAAUAUGUCAUUGGCCAUGACCAUGCUGUGCAUAUCACUGGGCAAUGCACUCACUGUACGCAAGGCAUUGAAGCAGGGCACGUCACAUCAGGUCAUUGCCAAGAUAUCAUGCGAGGCAUGGCACAAAUCAGAGAUGACCAAGAGUCUUCUAAAGGAUGAUGCACACAACUACAAACGACUACCAAAGACGUUUAGGAACUACUUGACUUCAAAUCUAUUACUUCAACAUGCCAUCACAUUGAAAGAGAUGGCCAUGGCAUCAGUUGAUUCAAAACAUUAUGGCGUAGGACUUACAUACUUCUCACAGGCAAUGCCAUUGUUAUCAAAGAUAAAGAAACCAUCGGAUGCCAGACAACAAUCAAUUGUAACAAGUCUAAUGAGUGAGAUUGAAAGAGAGAACCAGACAUUGACCAGAGAGAAUCAAGUACUAUACUUUGAUGUCAAGGUCGAUCCCAAAACACUAGAGGCGCCUCAACCAAAAGGAUUGAUCAGUGCCACAAUGUUCCAGCCUCCAAUGCCUAUCUUUACUGACAUUAUUUAG